GAGCACCGGUCGAGACGGACACGGUAUGCAAGAAGACAUCGUUACGUCCGCAUACAAUGGUGUAGUUUUUAGUCUUUUAAACUAUGGGCACCACAGUGGUGUGUGCGGUGUUAUUCGGCGCCGUCUUCGGUGUGCUCUCAGCGUCCCUGAGCAAGGCGCUACGCUACCAGGCGCCAGACGAAUGCAAGUGGGUGGUAGUGGACAGCGGUACCGAAGACGACGUCGCACUAGUCUGUCGCUUGCAAACAAUCAACAGUGAAUUGGAAAAUACAAACUUCAGCGUCAUCCAGCCCCAGCACACUGUCAGAUUACGGCUCGAAUGCAGCGACGCUUUGUUUUUUCAAAGCUCGUUGAGCGCCGGCAGCUUUAAGCCGCUAGUCGAACUCCGGGAGCUUUCCAUCGAGUAUUGCAAGAUCGGUAACCUCUCCGACGGAGCUUUCCGGGGUCUGAAAGAGCUCCGCAAUCUCACAGUACGGACUCAUAACACGGAUUGGUCAGCCAUGACCCUGGAAGUGUCGCCGAACGCGUUCACGGACGAGUUGCGUCUACUAGAACGGCUAGAUCUCGGUGAAAACAACAUGUGGAGUUUACCGGACGGUGUGCUGUGUCCCUUGUAUGCGUUGGAAGUGCUCAAUUUGACUCGGAAUCGGUUACGCGAGGUGUCUAGUUUUCGGUUUGCGCACAACCCGUCGGAGAGCUGCGGCUUCAACUUGCGACUUCUUGAUCUUUCACGUAACAACAUAGACAGGCUUCCAUCCAGCCAAUUUUCCGCGCUGUCACGUCUUCAAAAGCUCUACCUUCAAGGAAACGGACUCACACAUUUGGCAGAUCGUGCACUCGAAGGACUAGUAGCACUAAACGUCCUCAAAUUAGCCGACAACCGAUUAGUCAGCUUACCACCAGAAUUAUUUUCCGACACGAAAGAUAUCAGAGAAAUGUAUUUACAAAAUAAUUCAAUAAAUGUCCUAGCACCAGGACUCUUUAGUGAGUUAACCCAAUUACUUGUACUGGAUUUAUCUCACAACGAACUCACAGCUGAUUGGAUAAACGCAGCCACUUUUGCAGGCCUAGUUCGCCUUGUAGUUCUAGACAUUUCCCAUAACAGAAUAACGAAAUUGGAACAAUCAGUAUUUCGUGACUUGUAUAGUCUCCAAAUACUUCGCUUGAAUGAUAAUUUUAUCGAGAACAUACCUGAAAAUACAUUUUCAGCUCUUUACAACCUGCACACAUUAAUUAUCUCCAACAAUAAGAUAACUAAAAUUGAAAGUGAUACGUUCAAUGGACUUUACGUGUUAUCACUACUGUCAUUAGAUAAUAACAGAAUAUCAUGGAUACAUCAAGAAGCACUGAAGAAUUGUUCCAGUUUACAAGACCUCCAUCUUAACGGUAACAAAUUAGUGCAAGUGCCUGAAGUGUUAUACAACGUACCCAUGCUGAAAACGUUAGAUCUGGGAGAGAAUCACAUAGACGUUAUAACGAACGAAACUUUUCGUGACAUGAAUCAGAUGUACGGUUUACGAUUAACCGAAAAUAACAUUGGAAAUAUAUCGAAAGGGGUUUUCGAUAAAAUGACAGCUCUGAAAAUACUGAACCUUUCCCGAAACAAAAUACAAAAAGUUGCAGCAGGUGCAUUCGACGCAAACGUAAAUUUGCAAGCGAUUCGUUUGGAUGGCAAUUAUCUAACGGACAUUCAAGAAUUAUUCACCAAAUUACCGAGUUUGGUAUGGCUGAAUAUUUCUGACAAUCAACUAAAAUGGUUCGACUAUGCCCUAAUACCAACCGGCUUGCAAUGGCUCGAUAUCCACUCCAAUCAAAUUGAAGAAUUGGGCAAUUUCUUUGAAAUCGAAUCAAGCCUCUCUCUGAGCACAUUCGAUGCCAGCGCUAACAAGCUAACCGAAAUCACCGGAAGUGCAAUUCCCAACAGUGUGGAGGUACUGUUUCUCAACGACAAUUUAAUUUCAAAAGUACAGUCUUAUACGUUUUUCAAAAAACCGAACUUAACUCGUGUAGAUCUAUUUGGAAAUAAAAUUACAAGUUUGGAUCCGAAUGCCCUCAGGAUUUCUUCUGUGCCUCCAGACAAACCUUUGCCGGAAUUUUACAUCGGUGGUAAUCCGUAUCAAUGCGACUGCACUAUGGAAUGGCUGCAAAAAGUUAACAUUGGAAAUCGUAAUCGAAAUCAACCGAAAUUAGUGGACUUGGAAAGCAUUUACUGCCAAUUAUUAUAUAAUCGGGGCCGCACCUAUGUUCCUCUUGUAGAAGCAGCUCCUUUUCAGUUCCUUUGUACGUAUGAAACGCACUGUUUUGCAUUGUGUCACUGCUGUGAUUUUGACGCGUGUGAUUGUGAAAUGACAUGUCCGACGAAUUGUACCUGCUACCACGAUCAAUCCUGGUCAGCUAACGUCGUAGAUUGUUCCUCUGCUGGGUAUGUUUCCAAAUUACCCGAGCAAAUCCCGAUGUAUGCAACUCAACUUUAUUUAGACGGCAACGAUUUACGUUCGUUAAACAGUCACGCAUUUAUAGGUCGAAAAAGACUUAAGAUUUUAUUUGUAAAUAAUUCGAAUAUUGAAGUUAUCCAAAACCGUACGUUCAACGGUCUUAAAGACUUGGAAAUCCUUCACUUGGACGAGAACAGAAUUGCCGAAUUACACGGUUAUGAAUUCGAAGAUCUGGAAAGUCUGCGAGAGAUUUUCCUUCAACAAAACCGUAUAACGCAUAUAAACAACACCACUUUUAUUGGACUACGACAGCUGCGUAUAGUUAGGUUAGACCACAACAGGUUGCAUCUGUACGACGUAUGGCAAUUACCAACCACUAUGAUCGAGGUGACUUUGGCCUAUAACCCCUGGUCUUGCGAAUGCGAAUUUACGGAAAAACUUCGCGAGUGGAUGGUGCGAGGUGACGUAGUAUCGGAUAUCGCGAUGGUCCGUUGUGUUUUUAACACAACCGAGAUCGAUUAUUACAGUGAAGACGUUUAUUCGGAUAAUCCGGAGACCGGAUUUUACGUGAACCAAGAAAACGGUACGGCGUGUACGGGUCUUCCAAACAUCGAUAACAGUGUCAACGGUAACCUGACAGCGACAAAAACUAUAAUCCAACGACAAAUAAUUCAAGACUAUUUGCCACUCCUAGUGAUAACUCUUGCCGUUUUCGCGUUUUUGAUCAUCGUGAUUCUGCUGUUGUUCAUCUUUCGUCAAGAAGUGCGUGUUUGGUUACAUUCUAAGUUCGGCGUUCGCCUUUUCCAGAGGUCAUCAGACUUAGAUCGCGAUGACAGGGACAAAUUAUUCGACGCUUUCGUGAGUUACAGUUCAAAGGACGAGGCGUGGGUUGCUGAGGUGUUGGCGCCCGCCCUCGAACCUAACUACAAACUUUGCCUCCAUUACCGCGACUUCCCUGUAGGGGCCUUCCUGGCCGACACCAUUGUACAAGCGGUAGAAUCUUCUAAACGCACUAUCAUGAUCCUUUCGGAGAACUUCAUCAAGUCGGAGUGGUGCCGUUUCGAGUUCAAAUCAGCGCACCAUCAGGUGUUACGCGACCGCCGACGCCGAUUAAUCGUCGUGCUCCUGGGUGAAGUGCCACAGAAGGACCUAGACCCCGACAUUCGGCUCUAUCUCAAAACUAACGUGUACUUGCAGUGGGGCGACAAACUCUUCUGGGAGAAGCUCAAAUUCGCCCUGCCCGACGUGCCCAACAACCAACGACUUAGGGGUUCCAUAAGAGGUCCCCACGUACAUCAUCAUGUGCACCGGCACAGCACUAGAGCUCAAGCACCCAACCCGCCCGGGAACGGCGGUACUGGAGGCGGCACAACCCGGACAGUGGCCAUCCACAUUUGACAGUGAUCCUAAUUAAUGUCAACCAAUUGUGAUACUACGUAAUACAGACUGUGAGUGCAAUGUGAGUGCCGGAUGUGAUAGUCAAACGCCGGGGGUGUGUGUGCGCGAAAGUGUGACGGCUGGACUGACCAAAAAGCCACGUGAGAAUUGAUGAAUGAGUGAAUGCAAGGACCCCGGACACUCCGACCCGGAGUAUAACACUUGUUGCUGUAUAUAAGGACUUGUAUAGCUAAGUAUGUUCAAAACUAUGUAAACUUGUAAAUAUUUAUAUAUUUUUUAUAUUCGAUAUUUAUUGUUGUAAGUUGUUUACAUCUUCUCAAAUUUACUUGCCAACUUUGUCUUUUGUACAAUCUUUUGUAAUACAGUUCAUAUUUUUUAAAGACCGUACCAUAAGUAAAUUCUAUUUAUAAAGUAACAUAUAAUGCCUUUUUUACUGUGAAUAUAAGAAAUAAUAAAAUCUGAACACUGAUUCUUUUUA